GACUAGACGGGGCUGUUGUUUUUUAAACUCGCGAAAACCGUUAAGUGACUCUUCCGUUGCAUUUCGUCACUUUUUUUUUCAUCACUUCUCUAACAGCAGACUGAAGGCUGCUGGGGGUCGCUGGAAGAGGGUCCUGACAGAGAUUUCUCUGUAGCUUAGCCUUACCAGGGAGACGUUCACUGCUACUGAAAUCCGCCACCAUGGAAUGGAAACCUAUGGAAAUCAACCCUGAGAUGCUGAAUAAGGUGCUGGGCAAGUUGGGCGUUGGAGCAGGCUGGCAGUUUGUGGACUUGCUGGGCUUGGAGAACGAGGCUUUGUCCGGAGUGCCCACGCCCUGCUGCGCCCUGAUGCUGCUGUUUCCUUUAACUCAACAGCACGAGGAGUUUCGCUCCAAGCAGUCAGUGGACAGUUGCCAAGGCGUCUACUUUCUGACUCAAACUGUGGUGAACUCCUGUGGAACUGUGGGAUUGCUGCAUGCUGUGGCCAACAAUAAGGAUAAAAUGACUUUUGAAACCGGUUCUACCCUAAAUAAGUUUCUAGAAGAAACGGCUGGAAUGUCACCUGCUGAUCGUGCAAAACAGCUGGAAAAAAAUGAGGCAAUCCAGAAAGCUCAUGAUGAAGUCGCUGCUGAGGGACAGUGUCGUCCAGAGGCAGACAAAGUGAACUUCCACUUCAUCACAUUUGUUAAUGUGAACGGUCAGCUUUAUGAAUUCGAUGGCAGAAUGGAGGGGCCUGUGAAACAUGGUGAAACAACACCAAACAGCUUUGUCAUGGAUGCUGCAAAGGUGUGCCGGGGCUUUGUCGAGCGAGAGAAGGGAGAAGUCAGAUUUUCUGCUGUGGCUCUAUGCAAGGCCUAAAGGUGACCAUGCGGCUGAGUGAGGCACAACUGACCAAAACAAAACUUCACUCUCCCUCCCCUUCAAGCCAGACCACACGAGCCCUGCACAGUUUACCCAAAACUGCCUGUCUGCCUGCUGGUUAAUCUCACUCUGCUGUUUCUUUUACUAUCCCUGUCUUUCAAUCUGUCACAACUGCCAAGCUUCCUUUGUUUCUCUUGGUAUGUUGUACUUGUAGUUUUUGCACAAGUGCCUUAACUGGCACUAGGUUUUUUGUGAUAAUUUUGUUCUGAAGAUGUGAUGUUUAAGGUGGUUGGUUUGGACUUCAUGUGUAUAGUUCCGCUGGUUAAAAUCUGGGCUGUGAGUGUUCUGGGUGUGUGGUGCUGGGUUUUGUUGAUAUAGCGGUCAUGUGAAUAAUAGAUGACGGAGUUGCCAUUCUCUUUUAUUCCAGAACUCUGUUGCCUCUUUAAGCCCAAGCACUGUGUGUGUGUGCGUGCGUGCGUGCGUGCGUGUGCGUGUGUGUGUGUUGGUUGCACCUGCGCAGACAUUUUGUUGCACACAGGAUUGUCUCCAUUGCUGUGUUUACUGCUAAUGUAGACUGCACUGAAAAUAAUAAACAAUUCACUGGAUAAUGA